AUGUCCCGCCAGAACAGCCAAAAGAUACAAAGACAGAAACUCCACCUGAAACUCACGCGCCUGCUUGUCACGGUCGCCAGGAGGCUACAGAUAACGGCGCCUGGACUUCAGUCGCCGUCGCCGCAGCAGCCCCACCGUGAGGCCCGCGGAGAGCGAGAGGAGGAGGCGGUGGAGGAAGGAAAGCCGCUCGAGCGGACUCACAGCUGUCCCGGGCUCCACCCGGUGGUCCCCACUACCCGGCGCGCGGCUCCCUGCUCACGCGGCCGCCGCCCCUCCGGGGACGGGCUAUUGUGUCGCAGCGCCCCCUGGCAGCUGGAAGCCGGAAAAGCUGGCGCCGCGGGCACCCGCCGGCUGGAGCAUGCGCAGACGGCGGGAGGGCGGCUUCCGGUGCGCGGGGUCGCCCAGGCCGAGGUCAAGGGCUCUGCGGCAGAAAUGGCGUCGCCGCUGGGCCCCGUGAGGCCGGAAGGAGCGGACCCAGACCUAGCAGGAGUAGAGAUCCAGUGGAGGCUGAGACUUCAUCACCACAGCUCAAGACCUUCAACUUGGAAGCAGUGUGCUCCUCUGAGGCCUCUUGAACCUCCUGCUUGGGGCUCUCUGACAGCAAUGGUGAGAAGGAUCGAGAUGAGGAAGAAGAUUCAUGCAAAGGAGGCUGAGAAGUGGGCACCAAAAAGCUACUGGAGCAGGGAAAUAUGAGAGAGGGGUGUCAUGAAAACCAAGGGAAAAGAAUGCCAGGAAGGAGGGAGACAUAACGCAAAAGGGCACCCAGAGGCCAGUUCCCACAAGACAAAAGAGCAAUUUUCAUAUCUUAGCGACCAAUGAGAACGAAGGCAGAAGGGAAGAAAAUAAGCCCAUAGUUUUAAAUGGAGCCUGUUUUAAGCUAACCCCAUUAGUCUGAUCUGAAUGCCCAGGUAUUAGUUCCAUGUCCUCUAAUUAGGGAAAACACAUAUUACUUGAGUAAAAGAAAAGCCAACGUCACAUGAAGUGAAAUAAAAAAGAAAUGUCAAGUUACAUCAAGUUGGUGAAAUAAAAAUUUAGGCAAUCUUAAAUUUACACCAAAGAGGAUAGGAGGGAAGAAGAAGUGGAUGAAUCACAGAAGAGGUUUUCAGAGCAGUGGUCUACACUGAACCCCAAGCUAACACCGGUGAAAAGGAAGGUAGUGAAAGGGACAGAAUUGAUUUAUUUUUCAUUUUAUCUUUCUAUUCUACCUGGUGCCAGAAAGAAAUUAUGGCAGCAUAAACUGUGUCUUUGGGCAAAUAUUCAACAAGUGUUCAUAGAGUAAAACCGAGAAAAGAUGAGCAGGAAGUGGAAUGAUAUUCUAAUCUGAAUUAGAUGAGGAAGAUAGCUCCCAAGGGUAGAUAGAGGGAGUAGAGAGGAAUUAAGGGUUAAAACCUAUAUGAGCUGAGGAGUGUUGGGGCCCCCUAUAUCUUUGGGGGCCUAAGUGGAACUGCCUCUUGCCUGGGGGUAGCUCUGGAGAGAUGGAAGUGUCUACCAGGGUCCCAGAGGUGCUCCACAGGGAUGCAAAGAGUGGCCCUCUUGAGUCUUUGCUCCUUGCCAGUUCUCAGUUAAAGGGUCCAAGGUAGAGUGGGUCUCCCAGACUCCUUCUGGCCAUGAGGGUUAAGGAGGCUGAGGCUUAAGGCAAACAGGGAAUGCUAGGGGUGGGAUGGGGGUGAUGGCAGAGCCCAGGAAGCUGAGCCUCCACUCCCCUCCACCAAGAGAUGAGCCUGGCUGGGGAGGUGAGGGGGUAAAGUCAGAUUGUGGGGUCACGGAUGGAGCAGGAGCAAGAAGCCAGAGAGGAGUUGAGGGGCUUUCUAGAAAGAAAAGCACUUCAAGACAGGUUCCAGGCAUGACAGCCCAGGGAAAGCUAUACUGGUUUCUCCCAGCACCUGGCUUCUGCCCCUCCCUCAGGGCCUCAGCCUGCACCCCUUUGUCGCUACUGAGCAGCCCAUCAACUGCUAGUGUAAUUAGAACCCCAGUAUCUCUCCUUGGACCCUCAACUUGUGCCAUUCCUGGUACAACACAGCCCAGAGUUCCGUAGGAUUCCCCGGAACCUGUGAUUCCUACCAGGCUUCUUGUCCCUGUCAAUCUUUACGUGAGUCUCCCUGGUCAUCGUGCCCUCAUCGGCUCUCCCCUUACCCACACAGCUCCGUACUUCUUCCCUGACACAGCUUCUCCCACUGCUGCAUACUCUGUCCUCUCAGCUCUGUGGAGUCCCUAUUUCUUGCAUGAUGAACUCCCUCAUGUCCUCAGGUCUGUGUAUUCAUUUCGUUCUCCACCCCCUGCCUUAAGUGCAAUCAUCACCACACCCCCAGCCACGUCCUGCUCAGAGAGAGGGACUCAUGCACCUACCAGAAACAUAGGGACCCUAAGGGUCUGACGUCACACAUAUCCUCUUUUAUCAGCCUCCAUUAUGAGAUCAGGAGAUGGGACAGGGCGGGUUCCUGAGGAGGUCCUUCUCCCCUCUCCCUCCCCCAUGAAUGCCCCCCACUCUGCUAAAAUGGUGUGUGGGGCUUCCUGGCUUUCUGAUCCCCAUGUCCCUUCACGUGUCCUGGCAACUAGAUUGCUUUUCAUCCCUCCCCAGCUACUCUCAAUUCUUGGGUUGGGGCGGGGUUGGCUUGGAGUCCUCGGGCUGCUGUGUCCUUUAGCAUGUAGCUUCAGGGCUUACAGAGUAAGGCUGAGUGCUGUCAGGAGCUGAGCCUCCUGGUGCUGGGCUCCCCUGAGUAGCUGCUCUCUCCUUUCCUUAUCUGGGGAGUGGGGAGAGGGCAGUGUCAGGCCACAGGAGAGAUUGCUGGUUGUGACCAGGAUGUUGUGUAGAAACAGCAGCAGCAGCAAUCUAACAAAUGCACCCAGAGGAGGGAGAGCUGCCACUCACCUGGGUGACCAGGAAUGGAGCCCCAGGAAUGCCCAUUUGGGGCUGUUACCUCAACGCCAGACUCUCCAUCUAUCAGACUCCUCUGAAUAUGUUAGAGAAGAAAGCACCGGGGCACUGUCAACUAGUAGAUGCCAUAGUUUGGCUCUGUGACCUAAGGGACAAGUCAGCUGUAGUAAGGGACUCUGUCCAUUUACCUUUGGGGAGUAUUGCAGCCCAUUUCUUCCUCCCUUUUCUUCCUCUGCAAAAUGAGGUUGAUAAAAACCCCACCUCAGAGUACAACACCCCCCCUUUAUAGCUUUUUACUAUAUUUCUCUUAUUCCUUUUUCCUUUACCUUUUCCUAAAAAUAGUACCACAGAGGCAUUAAAAUAGAUGCUGAUAUAUAUUUAUUGACAUAGAAUAAGCCCACAACAUAUAUUGUUUGGUGAAAAAAUACAGACUAUAGAACAGCACUUAUAUUUGAUCACUUUUAUCUAUACAUAUACCUGGGUAUGUAGAUAUAGGGAAAUAUCUAGAAGGACAUUCAUCAAAGGGUUGACAAUGGUUCUAUAAGGGUGGAGGGUUUGGGGUAAUUUGUACUUUUUGUACUUUUCUUUAUUGUUUGAAUGGUUAACAAUGAAUUAUGCCACUUUCACAAAGAGAA